AUGAGGGACGAUGGGGAAGGUCUGGAAGACGACCGGGAAGGUCUGGAAGACGACCGGGAAGGUCUGGAAGACGACCGGGAAGGUCUGGAAGACGACCGGGAAGGUCUGAAAGACGACCGGGAAGGUCUGGAAGACGACCGGGAAGGUCUGGAAGACGACCGGGAAGGUCUGAAAGACGACCGGGAAGGUCUGGAAGACGACCGGGAAGGUCUGGAAGACGACCGGGAAGGUCUGGAAGACGACCGGGAAGGUCUGAAAGACGACCGGGAAGGUCUGAAAGACGACCGGGAAGGUCUGGAAGACGACCGGGAAGGUCUGGAAGACGACCGGGAAGGUCUGAAAGACGACCGGGAAGGUCUGGAAGACGACCGGGAAGGUCUGGAAGACGACCGGGAAGGUCUGAAAGACGACCGGGAAGGUCUGGAAGACGACCGGGAAGGUCUGAAAGACGACCGGGAAGGUCUGAAAGACGACCGGGAAGGUCUGGAAGACGACCGGGAAGGUCUGGAAGACGACCGGGAAGGCCUGGAAGACGACCGGGAAGGUCUGGAAGACGACCGGGAAGGUCUGGAAGACGACUGGGAAGGUCUAUUAGAGGCGACAGGGUAG